AAAUUAGUACAAGAGUACAUUUUAACCUCGUGGUACAUCAUUCGUUAAAGCGAAGCAAGCACGAGAUUUACGUCAGAAACAGUAGUUACUGACAUGACAUCCUGCGUCAAAAUGUUCAGGCUUUAAGUCUGAGUUGUUUAAUUAGGUUAAAAAAGUACGAUGUUCACUUUAGUAAUACAAACGUGUAGAAAUCUCUUCAUAUGGUGAUUUGAGUAGUUGAGAGCUUUGUUUGUGCGUAGACUCUUUCUUGCACUCUGCAUCUCCUACGAAUUGAAUAGAAUGGUGAGGGGAAAGGUGCAUCUGAAAAAGAUACAGAACCCUGUUAAUCGUCGGGUUACAUUUUCAAAACGCAAGAGCGGACUGUUAAAAAAGGCAAAGGAGCUUUCUGUCCUCUGCGAUGCCGAAAUUGGCCUCUUCAUUUUUUCGGCGACGGGGAAGAUGUACGAGUCUGCAAAGCCCAGCAUGAAUAGAAUAAUUGGGAAGUAUCAAAAAAUUUCUGCUUCUACGGGAGACAAACUAGAGUUAUCAGAUAAUCUAGAGCUUUACGGUACUUUUAUUUGA